AUGAAAAUAGACCCGAUAAAUGUAUUUGAACUACGAAGGAGAGACGACACUGAUGAUGAGGGAGAUCAAGAUGAUUGUGUCACCGAUUGUCCUCCACUUCCUGACUGUGUAUGUGAGAAUGAGAACGAGCAGUGUAUGCAAAUAGCGCAAACUUGUCAGAAAUGUGCUUAUAAUCAAUGCACCAAGAUCCCAUCAACCAACAAACUAAAUACCGGUGGUGUUGUAGGAGGUGCAAUUGCAGGUGUUACAUUUUUUGCUCUAGUUGGAUGCGUUUUAUACUAUUUCUUGGUUUAUAAGAAGAAACAUCCAGUCAUGUUGGACGACGAAUAUGACUAUUAUCAUGAUGAAGGAGAUGAUUCUGAUGAAUACAGAGAGAACUCGGGAGUUGGAAAUGAACAAAUAAGUGAAUACGCGUUAAAAAGACUAGACUCAAAUGGCAUGGAUGCCCACGGUGGCAUAUCAGGAGCAGACCUGGGAAGUGCCAGCGGAGCUAGUUCUAAUGAACCCGGAAGCAGAAAAGGCGUAGCACACAUCAACGAUUCUUCUUCACCAAAUAGCCCAAACAAUAUCGGCAACGGUGAUGCUGUUUUCACUGGCGGAAAUCUACAUCAAAAUCACAACGGCGGCGGAGGCGGCAGCGGCAGCGGCCACAACAUUGCGGGAGGAGCUCCAGGGCUAGCUUAUUUUGAAAAACCGCCACUGAAAAAGGGAUUUGCAAAUAAUUCCAAAAGGACAAUGAGACGGGUAUCGUCAUAUGAAUCAUUUAUGAGGCCGAAUGUAGGUAAGCUGAGAUUGAAGCAACAACAUCAACAACAAUUGAUCAAGCAGCAGAGGCAAGCAAGACAACGGAAGAUUAUUGAACAGGCUAAUUUUCAGCAUCAACAACAGCAACAACAGCAACAACAACAACAACUUCAGGGACAGCAAAAUCUAGCAAAUUUACAAAUAGAUCCAUUAAGCAUGAGCGAAAUCUAUAUGCUAUCUUCAAGCAGAAAUUCAGUUGCCACUUCUUUUUCCAAUGCAUCAAAUAUAUUACCAAUUGCAUAUAUCCCCGGAGUUACAGUGCGGCCCACCAAGAAUAACACGAGAUCUAUAUAUUCCUUUGAUACAGAUUCAACGUUUUCUGAUAUGAAUACCAUUGAAAAUGCAAGUAUAAUUGGAGAUGUAGCGCUGUCCAAUAAUGGUGGAGUUAUUACCCGAAAUAGUUCGCAUGGAGGAGCCAACACGCGACAACAAACAAGCCAGCAAAACAAAAUACCAGGCACUAUGACUGCGAUCAAAGCGCAGCCUAGAUUGGUUAAUGUUGACCGGAUCGAUGAAGAGGAGGAAGAUGAUGAUGAUGAUGAUGAUGAUGAUGAUGAUGAUGAUGAUGACGAGGACGAGGACGAGGACAAUGACGAGGAAAAUGCCGGUGGAAAUUAUUAUGGAGUAGAAAGCGGGCGUAAUUUGAGGAGGAACACAACAAAUGACAGCUAUGAUAGUGAUGUUGAUUCUGACAUUGGACAAAUUGUUCGUGCAACCUCGGUUAGAAAAGCAAAUACAAAACAGAGUAAAUUGAUGCAAACUGAACUUGCGCCGUUUCUGGGAGUUAGCGAAGUUCUUAUGGAUACGCAUUUGAAUUUGAAUGAUAGUGUGUCUUUUGAAAAUAGUCCAUGUUUAAGUGGAAGCUUAGAUUAUCUGCCGAUUGAAUUGGUUCAUUUCAACAGUAAUACAAAUACCAAUAUUAGUGGUUGUAACACCGAUAAGGACAAUGGGUCUAGUAUUGGUUCAUUUUUAUUUGAUGUUGAGUACAAUGAGGAUCCUAUUAGGACCCCUCCCAUAUCAAGUAGAUUUGACAAUGAGGAUCCUAUUAGGACCCCUCCCAUAUCAAGUAGGUUUGACAAUUCGAAUCUGAAAGGAAGCCCAUUUGCUGAUCCGACAAAUUAG